ACUAGACCAACACGUGCUUCCGGUUUCAAAAUUGGACAGAAGUUAUCUCUUUAAAAAUUAUAUACUAUGGACAAGAAGGGAUUAGAGACUGUUUGUCAACGAAAAAAAGAAGUGAAAGAACAACUAAACAAUAUACCGAAAGGAAAAGCUAAAUCAGGGAGACCAUGGAAAUCGAAUAGAACAGCUAGGUACUCAGAAAUUAAGAAAGUUAAGUCACUGAAGUCAUCAUGGGAUAAAAAAAUGAAGAAAAAAGCAGAAGAAAAAUCUAUUAAAGAUUUUGAAAAACAGCUGAAAGGCGAACGGUCAGCAAAAUUAGAAUUACUGAGAAAGAGACAAGAGGAACAUAAACAGAGAAAGUUGGAGAAUGAAAGAAAAUCAGAAGUUGUCCAAACAAUUAAAAAUACAGCAAAAAUCAAGAGGAUGAAGAAGAAACAAUUACGACUGUUAGCUAAAAGAUGAUCUGAAUAAAUUAGAAAUUUAUAUAUAUACCUGGUAGUUCGAUUUGAAAAGUUUUUGACAGGGAUCAUUUCAAUGUUGAUGUGGAGUCUCAUUGAUUUGCAAACUUUUCUGCAUCCAAACAAUUUGUGUUGCAAAAAGGAAUAUUAUCAUCAAUAAGAGAAAAUCUCAACAAACCAAUCUCUGAAGGCGAAGGAUCCAUGAAAUCACUACUGGUACUCAAAUCGACAGUGACAUUGGCUCUUUUCCCAGUAAAUAUUUCAAAAAAAAAUUGUAUUAAUGUAACCCACUUAAGGGUAGAUGAUAUCUUAUUGCUACAGGUGUUUCCAAAUCCAAAUCCAAAGAGCUUCAAAAAACAAGCUCAUCAGAUAUGUGGAUACACCCAUUUAAUAAAGAGAGGUAAGUUGGGUAUAUAUCACUCUAAUUAACACUUGGCUGUGAGUCUGUCAGUCCUACCGUGAUAUCAGAUUAGCUUGUGUACGAGAUAUCUUGUGAACCCCUCAGGCCCUGAACAGAUUUAACUGAUAUCCACACCAUAAAAUCACACCAAGGUCUACACCUGAUAAGAUUUUAGUGGUUGUGACGUCUGUCUAAGUUAAAAAGUCAGAGGUCAGACUUGAUGACCUUUGAAUUCAAAACAUUUGUGUUCAAGACAUCUCAUGAACUGCUGUACAGACUUAGUUCAUAUUUCAGCAGAAUACUACAGUAUGGAAUUCUACACCUGAUUUUUGUGUUAUUGAUAAAAAGUGAAGGUCAAAAACUGUACUAGACCGUUUGUGAAAUAUAAAAAGCUUGUGUACAAGAUAUCUCGAAAGGUCAAAGGUCACACUGAUAAAUUCAUCCGAUGUUGAUUCAACGAGUAUGUUUAUAAUUGUUUGUGAGAGCUAGGAUGUAUGAUGACUGUAUGUAUGUGAAAAUGCUAUUGUAAAAAUACUGGAACAGAUUUGUAAACAUGCAUAUUUCGGUGUCAUUUUUUUUGUAUAGCCUGCAACAAAGUCAUAAGGCUAUUCUGUUUUUUUGUUGUUUUUUUCAACCAUUAUUGCCAUAGUGUUGUCGUCAACAUUUCAACUUUAACCAAACUUGGCCUUUUGUUUGAUUACAUAACAGACAUCUCAACACAACUGUUAUUUACCAAAUAUCAAAAUUUAUGGUCCAGUGACUCUGGAAAUAAGGGAUGCAGGAAAUCUUACUUUAAAGUUUUGUGUUUAGCUCAGUUUCUCAAAACGUAUCGGUUUUUUCAAUCAUAACCUGGAAAAUAGUUGCAAUGUAGACAUAUCAAUAAAAACCUUUGAUUUUGAGAAAUUGAUACAUGUAUAUCGGUAAAUCUUUUAUAGCUUUUUGAGAAUUAGGGAUUUAGCAGAAUUUGAUAGUUGCAAUGCAUCAAUAUUGAUACAUCUAUUAGGUAGGCAGGGGUUUUGGUUGUUUUUGGGAAAAAAAAUUAUUUCAUGUCCUUAUUUAAUUCUUUUUGCACUGAAAGCAUUCCACUAAGUUAAUACUGAGCUAUUUAUAGUUUCUGUACAUUAUUUUCUAUAGUAAGUAUUUUGGGUAUACCAAUUCAUCAUUGUGCUAGUAUCUGUAUGUUCAGUAAUGUGCUAAAAUUUGAGUGCACCAAAAUAUAUCUGUUUACCAAUAUUUUGUCCAUUGUUUUAGUAUGUAUGUUCAGUAUGAGUUCAAAAUAAAUUUAAGUAAAAUCUAAAAA